CAAACUUCAUGAUGACGUAAUCAACUAGCGCCACUUGUAGCUUUCAGCAGCUAUCCAAAGAUGAGCUAGUUAGCUUUUUACAACACAGCGACUGGAGUCGAAAGACACGACGUGAAUAUUUGUAACUAUCUAACAGCUACAACAUUGCCGAACUACUUCAUUGUGUGUGGCUAGUGUUGCUGCCGAAUUUAAAGACAAGACUCAUUUGCUGUAUCGUUUUUUCUUACGGGCCACUUCACCCCUAACACCCCACCCCCUUUUAAAUCCAGAAUAUCAACACAACAAAGAUGGAGGAGCUCCAUGUCCACUGCCUGAACUGUGUGAACCGGAGGUGUAUGAUUCGCACAGAGACUGGUAUGUCCUGUGAUCUCAUUGGCUGUCCUCUCGUCUGUGGAGCAGUCUUCCACUCCUGUAAAGAGGAGGAGCAUCAUUUACUAUGCCCGUUUGAAAGAGUGCCUUGCCUCAACACUGGAUUUGGGUGCCCUUUCACUAUCCCCCGGAUCAAGAUGGCAAAACACCUAGAGACGUGCCCGGCCAGUGUGGUGUGUUGCACCAUGGAGUGGAACCGUUGGCCUGUGAGCUAUUCAGACAGGAAGUCCUAUGAGCAUUUGAGCAAUGUUGAAGUGGUGGAGCAGCUCGACAUGGCCCUGGCUCUGCAAGAUCAGAGGAUGCUACUGGAGUCUCUUAGAGUCAUCACCAACACAUCAAAGAACACAUAUAAUAAAUCAGCUGAGGAAACGUGUUACAAGAUCGCUGAUGUAGUGUCAAGUGUACCAGAGACUGACGUUAGUAAUGGAACGGUUGAAAUGGAUGAGGCUGCUGCUUUGACUAAUGGAGUGGUUGAAAUGGAAGAUGAUGAUGAGUCUUAUAGUGAGGUGCACAAAAUAAACUUAGCAGCUACCUUGGCCGUCCUCAGAAGUGCCAAGGACAUUGACUUGAUCAGUGUAAAUGUUGAAAACGGUGAGAGAGAAGGGGUUCUCCAUAGGGGAGAGGACAGUGAUAAUCAUAAUGAUUUGAAGAAUGUAGAGAUGAAGGCAAGUGACACAGAGUCGGGCUGUGAGCUCGGAGCAGUGGGCGGAGUCGGAGUGGACUGUGGAUUUGGAACAGACAGACAGGGAGACGAGAGCUAUUGGAUAGAGUCUUCAGAGGAAGUGGAGACGGACCAUGUGAUGGGUCUUGCUGAGGUGGGUUGUCCUCCUCUCAGUAAUGGUUUCAACCAUACAGGAGACAACCAAAAUCACUUGACACAGCGUGAGUGGAUGGAUCUGAGCAGAUCUCCACCCAGACGCUCUGAAGUCAACAGGUUUUCAGACUUCAGGCUGGUGAUGCCGUAUCUUUCCAUGCCUAAUAUAGUAGCACCACGGGAGACCUCUGGGCCCCACCCUCCACCACUACCCAUCCACCUGCCUCUUCCCAUGCCUCUCCCUAAUCUGGAACCCUACAACAUGCUCCAGCAUCUGCCCUUAGAGAUAGAAGACAGGUGGCUGGAGAGGAAACUACAGAACCUCCAGGUGCUCAGAGGGAUGAGUGUGUUUACAUUUAAUGGGCGCAGGGCUCUGAUGUCUGACCCCUAUCUGUUCAGAGCCAAAAUGGAGGACAAGUCAGUGGACACCUCAGACCUGGAGGUAUCUGACGAUCCAUUGGGGCUCCAUGGAAUCGACCUGAUCACAGCAGCGCUGCUCUUCUGUCUGGGGGACUCCCCUGGGGGCCGCAGCAUCUCAGACAGCAGGUUUGUAGACGGCUACCACGUUGACUUUGGUACCCAGACCUUCUCUUUCCCCUCGGCUAUACUAGCCACUAACACCAUGGUGGGGGAUAUCGCCUCAGCGUCGGCCUGUGAUCACGCCAGCCCUCAGCUCUCCAACCCCAGCCCCUUCCACUCUCUCAGACUGGACCUGGUUCUGGAGUGUGUGGCCCGUUACCAGACCAAGCAGCGCACCAUGUUCACCUUCGUGUGUGGACAGCUGUUCCGCAGGGACGAGUUCUCCUCGCAUUUCAAAAACGUUCACGGGGACAUCCACGCCGGGCUGAACGGCUGGUUGGAGCAUCGCUGUCCCCUGGCCUACUACGGCUGCACCUACUCCCAGAGACGCUUCUGUCCCUCUGUUCAGGGCUCCAGGAUCAUCCAUGACAGACACCUGGGCUCGUUUGGGGUGCGGCCCGACAUGCCUCCCCAGUACGGCGAUAAAACCCUCCCCAGGAAUGCCUUUCGGUUCGGGUCCACCUGCGACCACCUGAGCUCCUUGCCCUUCGAGGUGCAACAGUAUGUGGCCAGUUUCCUGGAUGGCUUCAGCCUGUGCCAGUUGUCCAGGGUCUCUCGGACAAUGAGGGAUGUGUGUGGCAGUUUACUGCAGUCCAGAGGCAUGGUGGUGCUGCUCUGGGAGAACACACGAAGGCCUGAUGGGUCGUCCUCAUGGCAGAUCCAAAACAAGGUGUGGCGAUUCAGCACAGCCUUCGGUACAGUGAAGGAGUGGAAGUUUGCCAACAUCACCAGUAUGGCCGACCAUCUGAAAAAGUGCAAGUUUAACACCAUCACCUGUCGGGACGAGGCCAUCCCUCUGCCCUGCAUGUGCUUAUCCAGAGAGCUCACCAAAGAGGGACGCUCACUGCGCUCAGUCCUGAAGCCAGUAUUAUGAGUAACGCUGUGAAAGGGUUGGAGUCCAUGGGUACAUUUAAAAUGGCACCCUAUUAAAAGUAGUGCACUAUGUAGGCUUUAGGGUACUAUUAUAGACGUAGCUCUAUUCAUUUCAAUCAAUUCAGUAAGUUCUUACAGACGUCCUCCCAGAAUUCACUGAAUUGAAAUGCACUCCAACCCUGCUCUAUGAAAAGCAAAUACAAAAUGCUGCUAUCAUUCUCUUCUGGUUUUGACAGAAAAAACCUGCAUUGUUUUCAACCUAUCUGAUAUGCAUACACGCUGAGUGGACAAAACAUGCUCUUUCCAAGACUGACCAGGUGAAUCCAGGUAAAAGCUAUGAUCCCUUAUUGAUGUCACUUGUUAAAUCCACUUCAAUCAGUGUAGAUGAAGGGGAGGAGACAGGUGAAAGAAGGUUUUUAAGCCUUGAGACAUGGAUUGUGUAUGUGUGUCAUUCAGAGGGUGAAUGGGCAAGACAAAAUAUUUAAGUGCCUUUGAACGGGGUAUGGUAGUAGGUGCCAGGCGCACCGGUUUGUGUCAAGAACUGCAGCGCUGCUGGGUUUUUCACACUCAACAGUUUCCCUUGUUAUCAAGAAUGGUCCACCACCCAAAGGACAUUCAGCCAACUUGACACAACUGUGGGAAGCAUUGGAGUCAACAUGGGCCAGCAUCCCUGUGGAACGCUUUUGACACCUUGGAGAGUCCUGAUGAACUGACUGUUCUUGGGGGCGGCGCAACUCAAUAUUAGGAAGGUGUUCUUAAUGUUUUGUGCACUGUAUAUAUUCUUGUUACCAAUGUACUGAAUAGAUUAUUUAACUUUUACAUACUCUGUCAAUGUGUAAAUAAAACAUGUUUUGACGUUACAUUUUCUAUUUUUAUAAGAACUAAGUCCGUACUGUGCCGCAUUGACAACAAAAGAAAAUGGAGCCUUAACUUAUGAUAAAGACUUGAUUUCUGGUCAUGGGAGGGAUCUGAUGGGGAUCUUUUAAUGAGUAGAUUUCUCAUUGACCCCCGGCUAGAGUGAUUUACACCGUCUUGCAUGGUUUUAUAUACUUAGGGUGAUCAUGAUUUUUGUUGAGUUUGAGUCAGCGGAUCAUGCCAUUACUUUUGAGUCAGCGGAUCAUGCCAUUACUUUUGAGUCAGCGGAUCAUGCCAUUACAUUUGAGUCAGCGGAUCAUGCCAUUACUUUUGAGUCAGCGGAUCAUGCCAUUACUUUUGAGUCAGCGGAUCAUGCCAUUACUUUUGAGUCAGCGGAUCAUGCCAUUACUUUUGAGUCAGCGGAUCAUGCCAUUACUUUUGAGUCAGCGGAUCAUGCCAUUACAUUUGAGUCAGCGGAUCAUGCCAUUACUUUUGAGUCAGCGGAUCAUGUUAAUAUAUUGUCAGUGUAGCUAUUUAAUGCCGGGAUUCAAUCCGAUCACGCUUGUAGACAACGCAGAUUUUAAAGGUAAACUUGGCGGAUGUCAGCUCAAUUUGAAAUGACCUUUAAAUGUAGAUCAGAAUGAAUCCCGACCUAACUCAACCUCCAUCAGUAUCAGGCUGAACAACAAUGUUGACUGUUUGAGUUAAGGGUGAUUGGUUGUCUUUCUGUAUCCACUCUCCUGUUCCUCAUUUUGAGAACAACGUUACUUGUGUGAAAACCAUUUGUGUGAAUACUUGUUAUAGAUCAGUGAAUCCUGCAGGUCCAGGAACGUGGGCAUAACGUAGCUUCCGUUCAUUUAGAGUUGAUCAGUAUGGAAACUGAUCAUCAUUCAAUCAUGGGCACGUCUAUUAUUUAUCAUAUUAGUGUUUUUAUCUUUGUGUUUUCCUCUUGGCUCUACGUAGUCACUGUGUUCAGAAGUUGCCUGCUGUGUCUCAGGGUUUGUAAAACAUGGUUGCCUUCCAAAUGGCACCCUAUGAACUAUAUAGUGUUCUAAUUUUGACGCUCCGGGCUCAACAGUAGUGCACUGUAUAGAGAUUAGGCUGCGAUUUGGGUAGUUGCCAUGAAACUGCAUCAAUAGUGCAGGCCAUUACUUGUACUGUAUUGCCUGAUUGACACUAUAGCGCCAAGCCAAACCGGACUCUAUAGUGUGAAUCUGGUUUAUGUGUAAAAGAUGCACCAGUCUAUCUACCAGUCUUCACAUGGAACAGUCACUUUAUUGUCAUGGUUGUAGAGUGUUGUUAGUUCUAGGACUGGUACAGCGUUCAGGAGUAUUGAUGAGUUUCAAACCCAAACCCAUCAUUUGACAUGAUUUUCUCCGGGUUUGAAUAUUAGUUGAAAAUCUGUUUGGGUUUGGAAGUGGAGUGCAAUAUUUAAUUAAUCAGUCUUAGAGAUGGUGUUAAUGAAAUUAAGGCCUGGAUUCAAUCUGAUAGCAGGUUGAAGAAAAUGUGGCUUUAAAAGGCAAUCUUCCAGUUUUUGCGGAAAUCGCAUUCACAGUAAAUGCUGUAUAUUUCGGUUCAAUUGGAAAUGACCUUUAAAUGACGCUUUGUCGGCGAAGCAGAAUCGAAUUGAAUCCCGCCUUAAUUCAUGGGUUUAAGAUUGGGUUGUAACAGCCUUGGAUCUUAAGGGCACAGUUUGCAUGUGUUCUUUUUAAAAGGAAGUAAAUGUUUAUUUUACUUCAAGUUCUUCUCUGAAUCCCUGUACUGUUUGUUCUUUCCUGUGUGUUUUAUUACAUUUUGGGGGAAAAGACCAGUGCAAACUUUGCAUUAUUGCAAUCAUGAUGAACACCCCGGAUGAAUAGUUUGAAACAGUUUGAUAUGGUGAAAUAAUCCACGCUUGUUUGGUUUGAUACACAUUUUGUACGUGUUUAGUAUUCUUCCAUGCAACACUUUUUUAAAUUUAGUUUUUUUCUAUUAUUUGGUGUAGUUCAGGAUGUUAUUAACAUGCCACCAAUAUUACAUAGACUACUCAAAGGUAGAGGUCUUCGUGGGUCCACCUGAAUACCUGGGACCUGAACGGGUCUAAGAUUCAAACUUUUCCUUAGGAUCCGGGACGGGUCCUGUUUGAUUGUCAUUGGGUCUCGGGUCAAUUUAACUACAGCUGAUAGAUCCGAAUGGCCACAACCACGGCUCUGCAUAGUCUAAAACAUUUAUUUUACGCUAAUACGGGGAAUUUAUUGACUUAGAAGGCCUAGACAACAUACAGUAUAAAGACCUAUUCGUUAACCAGAAGAGCAACUUGGCUGGGUCCAAUCAGGUCUGGUUGUUCUCAGGUCUGAUUUUAACCUAUUGAUCAUCCCCACAUAUCUUGGGCCCAGAUCUGUUUGAUGCUUAGACAAGUCUGAUGGUCGUUGAUAACCAAUCACUAGGAGUUGGCAAAACAGCACAAACAGAUCUGGGACCAGGCUAGACAUGUUUCUGCUCGCGUCAGAUUUAAUUCCAAUUUUCUUUCUGCAUGUGAGUGAAGAGAUUAACCGUCAUUCUUAAAAACAUGAUUUAUCCAUAAAAUGCAAGGUUAUUUUUCACAGUACAAUAACAUUUCUAACUGUUGUGUGUGUGCCUCUAUACAAUGGGAUUAUCUGUAUUUGACUACAUUUGAUGGUAGCAUUUGCAACAAUGAAAUGACAGCUUUAAACAAGAGGCUACAUUUCUGUAGUGUUAAGUGAACAUUUUACAAUAAACUGCAUUGUAAUCUGGCAGCGUAAUUUAGUUUGAAACUUUUCAACAAUUUAUGUUAUAAAGAGGUGAUUAUGUAUUGCCCAGUUUACUAAACUCUAGUUAAAUAACACAUUGUUGAAAAAAGGUUUGAGAUUAAAUCAUGCUGCCAGAUUACAAUGAGGUUUAUGGUACAUUUUGCACUUAAAGCUAGAAUCCUUACUUGAAACAAUAACUAAGGGUCAAAAGCUGAGGGAUGAACCUGGACAAAUGUAACCGCUCAAAUUCAUAGACAGCUAUGGAUGCAAGGACUGCCCAUCCAUGAUAUCAAAAUGAUAGUUUUAACCAUGUUUUGAGGCUAUAUACUGUUUGUUUACAUUUAUAUGGUUUACAAACACUUGAGUAAAACAAGCUUAUAUUUGGGGUUCUAAUGGGUAUCAUUAAUUAAAGUCCAAAAAUUGAUGUAGCAUCUAAGGAUUCUAGCUUUAACGCGUUACUUUUGCUAUACAAAAACGUUUUCCCACGGUGUCUUGUUUUACAUGUUUUGUUCAGCUUCUUUUAGCGGCCCUGGUGUAUAAAGCUCCUUCACAUUACUGUGUAUCAUCAACAGCAAUUUCAUCACCAAUAAAAAAUGUUCUUUACUUGCUACAA